AUGGCCGUCAUGUAAGUCUGCCCCCAUCGUCUAGCGGUUUAGGACAUCUCUCUUUCAAGGAGGCAGCGGGGAUUCGACUUCCCCUGGAUAUGA